GCAGUUCAACGUCUACCGUUCUCGGUGCACUUUAAGCUUCAACAGUAGCAGCAGCAGUAGCAGCAGUAUCAAAACAAGAAGAAAACAUUAUCAUCAACAUGCAAGUGCUGGCAUCCAUCGUUGUGGUUGUGGUGGUCGUCGCGGUCUGCACAUUCGUCGCCGGUGCUCCGGUGGACAGUGAGCAGCAGCUGGAGACGGCCGGAGUGAUGGAGAAGCGUCAGGAAAAGCGUGGCAUCGGUUUGGCGACCUACAGUGGACUGACCGGGUUCGGUUAUGAUACGUCGCUCGGUCUGACCGGCUAUCCGGCGGCCGCCACCACCGCGUACAUCACGCCGGCCGUGAUCAAAUCAACCUACACCGUGCCAGCGGCUACAGCAACUUAUCAUCAGGCGGCCACAUAUGAUGCGGCCCACGGCAAGUACGCAUACGGUGGAUUCUAUCCCGCCAGCUACGGCAGUCUGGGGACCACCGGGUAUACUGCGUUUGCACCGGCCGCUACCUACACCAAGAUCGUGCAUCCGGCGGCGAGCUACAGCAAGAUCAUCCAUCCAGCACCCGCCACCAGCACCUACACGAAGGUGAUCCAGACCUAUCCAUCGGCCACGCUCGGUCUGGUUGCACCGGCCGCCCCGGUCAGUGGCUAUGGUGGCGUUCCGGCCAGCAUCGGCGGUUACGUCUACUAGGUACUACGCCGGUGGAUGCCAACCUGCACGAGUGGGGGUCAUUCUUCUUCCCCGACGAUGCGGUCAGCUGUUCGUCGUUAUUUGGUUUUAAUUGAAGGAUUGAAAUAAAUUGUUUCCGACGAACUGGGACGCGCUGGAAUGUUGGGCUGAAGUGUGUGUGUGUGUGUGUGUGUGUUUACAGUGUUUUGAUUCGAAAUAUGAAACUUUUGAAAGUUGUUGUCCGAGUCACUUCAAACAAUAUAGUCACAUGAAUGCGCUUUUCGUUUUGUCAUAGUUUCAGUUUUUUAGACAAUUCCCCUUCAUCGAUAUUACAUUCGUUGUUCAAACGAAGGUAUGAGAUCAGAAUAAAAACGUAACGAGAUCCUGCUUGUCUCGUUUUCAAAAGCUCUAAUAACACUGACUCUAAUUACGCUCUGAUUGGAAGCUCUAUUUUGGUCUAGGCUUUGCUUCAUUUUAACGUUACUGCUCAACUCCUUUAUUCGUGUUUUGAGUCACAUUUGAGUUGAUCGUUUUCAUCAACAUUAUUUGUAGAUUUGUUUCAAUUGUUUUUUCGUUUACAGGCAUUCACUGCGUGAUUUUUUUUGUUUACUAAACAUACUGUUCAAAACAUACGAUAUAUUGGUGUUCAAGUUGUUCGCGUAAUUUCUCAGUAGGGUAAUUUUAGUACGUUGGCAGUACUGUCAUUGACAUGCAUGACAAGUUAGCCAUUGAAAUAAAGCUGGUCUUUAUGCAUGACAAGUUAGCCUAGUGGUCACUUUGCCAUUCCGUUGACAGCGUUUUAAUCAUUGUAGUCUGUUUAUUCAGUGGUAAAAUUUUUGUCAAAAUUGAUCUAUGCCUUCAAAAGUUAUCGCCGAUAGAACGCAAAAGGAGAAAAAAAAAUCUGCACACUCAUUGUAAAAAUUGGAUUUGGCUGGAGAAAAAACUUCGAAAGUCUUGAAAUUUUCAAAUUCAACUCAAAAUACUGUAUGUAAACUUUAGGAGGGGACUUUUACCUUGAUUCUAGGAAAAUAAAACAGCCGAAAAGUGUAACGGA